AUGGAGAAACGGAAAUGUAACAACUUCGUCAAGCCCAAACCGAUAAAACCCGAAGACAGACCCUGGCCGCUCCUUGACAGUGGUCACACGGUCCCAAUGCCGUAUGGAGAAUUUCACAAAGAGACGGAUGGAAAGGUCAUGUCAAUAAGGGCCGACUAUUACAUACUAAACGCCAUCUUGACAAGAUACGAGGGCGUUAUACGGAAGAGAUGGACCAAAAAGACGCGUACUCAACGUAAAGCUAUUCUUGAACGCUCAUGGCAUACGCAAAUGCCGCACCAGUAUCGCCCGGACCUUCGCGACUACUACAGAGUCGAAAGACGAGAAUUCAACGACGCUUCCACUUCCACGAUCAGAGAAGAUGUAUACAAAUGGCCAUAUAUCAAUACGGAGGACCUUGUGACUCCAACAUAUGUUUUACAACUUCUGAACUCUCGCGGACGGUGUACACCCAACUAUUUUGCCGAGACGGACUGGCAAAGCUCAGAGCUCGGUCGCAACAUCAAUGUUAUCAAGGUGCGUCCGAUAUAUUACGACCCAAAUGACGAAGGCGAACACAAAGCUGUGUUUGAAGACGAAUUCAACGGCAAGGAACCCGAAGAUGGGGAAAGUUCACGCAGUCCAGAGCUUGAGGAGAAAUUACGCGAAUGGAAAGAUAAAUACAAACCCAGCGAAUGGGGUUAUGACCUAACGAUGCAUCCUACUGAUCUACUACAAUACGGAUAUCCGGUCAAGCUUCCGAUACAGCAGCCUCUGAUGGCCUUCCUCGUCAAGAUCUGUCUUGAGCUACUUCCCGACGUAGAAAUUAGUCUGGAAAGGAUCAAGGCCUUCUUCCAAGCCCCCGAGGACCUCGAGCCGCUUGAGACCUUCCGUAAAGCCCCCAAACAGCCCGAGCCCCCCGCAAUAAGGACGACAAAAGAAGAUGGAUGGGACUCGGCUUUCGCACUAGCCCAAGAAAUCCCAUACUCAGUCCCACACUGGACCGACUUUGACAGAAUCAUGUCCUCUAUAGCGGCUAGGAUACAUGAGUGGAAGGACCAUGCCUGGGCUAUGCGCGAUGAUCCAUCCUAUUUCACUAAUACUGUUAGCGAGUUCUAUGAACACAGCCCUACACAUCUAUUGGACAGGAAGGGAAGGAAAAGCCCCCAUCUUACUGAUCCAGCCCUUCAAAAAGACUUUUGGCACAUUACGAUAUACAUGAUCAUCAUGGAUUGUUACGAGAAUCUUGUCAUGUGGCAUGCUGCACAAGCUGCUCUUCACAAGGUUGUUCGGCUGCUGUUGGCACAGGUGAAGACCCAAGAAGCGCAUGAUGCAUGGGUAGAGGCUGUCACGGAUUUGAAAGAUUUACUUGAUAUGCGCCUUAUCAAAAGCCUAGCUUCACGGUUGCCGAGUUGCUUCAUUGGCUCACCACCAGUGCGCGGCAUGUUCGUACGUGACCACACAGUUCCAGAGGAAUUACCUCUCCUCAGAGACCCGAGCUCUUUCGGCAAAGACUAUUUGAUAUGGCUGUGUUCCUUGCUCUGGUCUGCGGAAGGUCUUGGGGUUCCUCAUAUUGUAGUCAGGGAAAUGGCUCGAGUCAUACAACAGGACAAGGACCAGAAGUACAGAAUCACACCCUUGGUCGCACAGCUCGUGUCAGACCUAGCUAUUUGUUUUGAACUACGAGCUCGCCUGCGCCUGCUGUGCCCACAAGCUUUCAAACCUGAUGAGCAGUACUGUACCGUUGGAGCCGACCGCGACUAUCACGAGAUAGUCAUGGAGGUUUCUGUGAAAGAACUAAACGAGAUCUUAGACCCGGAAUGCGGUCCAGAAUACGAUGCCAAACCCCAAUAUGAUCUUCUCCCUCUUGGUGAGCUCGGGCAUCCAAAGACAAUGCCGUACCCUGUCGGCAAGCGAAGAACCAAAGAGAACGUAGAGAUUAUGCAGGCUACUGAACGACGGCUCGAUGAGCUUUGGAGCAAGUUCGAUGCUUACGUGCAGAAGUAUUUGGAUAAAAAACACCUCGAUACUCUUGAAUUCCUAGCGCCGUCAAGAGGACAAAUACAACGGACGCCAGACUGGAUCGAACCGGCGAAAUCUUCCAACAAAGCGAGGAAAGAUGCUGCCCUGCAGGAAUACAUUACGCCUCUCAUACCAGAGCGGCAGCCCGACCCUGUAGACCUUCCAAUUCGGAGCGAGAAGCGCAAGACUAGGGGGAUUACGAAUGAUCCUUCCACUGAGCCUGUCGAAGUCGCAGCAGACUUGCAGCCAGUCGCUUCUGAGGGAACAAACACCUCGCCUACACCGCGCUUCACCGUUGGGAAAAAGACACAGCACACAUUCUCGACUAUAUUCUUCCAGCCGUCUGCAAGCUCGCAUCCUGGUGAGGUCCCAUGGACUGAAUUCCUCUCAGCCAUGAACACGGUUGGCUUCUCACCCGAGAAGGUGUAUGGCUCUGUAUGGCGCUUCACACCGAGAGAGGGAGGUGUCAUUAAGGCAAGGCAGCCAAUCAAUUUCCACGAGCCGCAUCCUGAGGGGAAGUUAAGGUUUGAGGUGGCAAGGAAUUACGGGAGGAGAUUGACGAGGAACUAUGGUAUCGACGGUAGCAGCUUCAUUGUCGCGUAA